AAAACAUUCACCUGCCCUCAGACUAAGAUCGAUUGAAGUUUGGUGACAUUCAUACACAGUGACAGUCCCUGGAGAACCCUCGGCAUAUAGGGUGAUAUCUGUUUUGCUUUCUUCUGGAAUUACAACAGGAGUGUAUUACAGGAUCAAAGGAAGAAACUAAGCAAGACUUUGGAGGUAGAUGCAGGGAUGAGUCAGUCCGGAUCCAUUGGAAGCAAACAGGGAACCUCCAAUGGAGGACCUGGGAGGAUGAGUGCAAAAGAUCUGUUUGAACAAAGGAAGAAGUAUUCCAAUUCCAAUGUGAUCAUGCAUGAAACAUCUCAGUAUAAUGUUGAGCAUUUGGCCACAUUUAUGAUGGAUAAGAAUGACGCGAUUGGAACAGUAAAUGACGCUAUCGCACGGCUCUUCCAGUUGGAGUCUAAGGGCAAAAUCUGGGCCCAGGAAAUGCUGCUUCAAGUCAUGAACACGACCCUCAGCCUUCUGGACUGCGGAACACGGGAGGAGCUAGAGAACUUCCCUCUAUCCAUCGUGCGCCACUGCCAGUGUUUGCAGGGCCCCCCGCGGCACCCUAACAUACUGCUCCUCGUGUGUCAAGAUGCAGACCAGCCCAAGCCUGACAUACACUUCUUCAACUGCGAUGUUGAGGCAGAGAUGGUUCACGCUGACAUAGAAAGUGCUCUUGCCGACACAAAACAUGGGAAAAAAAUGCGACCACAGACGCUGAAGAUUAAUCAGGAAAAGAUUAAACAGAGGGAAUCAAUCCUACCCCCUUCAACUGCCCCUAAACCUAUGUACAGAGAUAAUCAAAACCGGGUGAUGCCCCCUUCUCAACCAAAAGAACUAGAGUUUGAUCGGCGAAGCACAAAUUCACAAGAGCCAGAGGAAUCACCAGAAUUAAUAGCACAGAGGAUUGAAAGAGAGACGCAAGCCUUAAACUGCACUUUGGAUGACAUAGAAAUGUUUGUGGCCAGAAUCCAGAAAGCAGCCGAAGCUUUCAAACAACUCAACAUGCGUAAGAAAGGGAAGAAAAACAAAAAGAAAGGACCAGCAGAGGGAGUCUUGACGUUACGGUCCAGGCCACCUUCAGAAGCGGAGUUCUUUGACUGUUAUCAGAAGAUAAAGCUGGCUAUUAACCUUUUGGCCAAAUUAAAGAGGCACAUUCAGAAUCCCAGUUCUGCAGAACUGAUUCAUUUUCUCUUUGGACCACUGGAACUGAUAGUUCAGAGCUCAGGAGGUCCAGAAUUGGGCAGAUCUGUGAUGAGUCCUCUAAUGUCCAGGGAUGCCACGGAAUUCUUGAAAGGACACCUAACUCCUAAAGAGGCACAACUUUGGGAGGCGCUGGGAGAGGCAUGGACUAAAUCCAGGGCAGAAUGGCCAAGAGAACCACUGGUCCCACAGUACAUCCCUAAGUUUAAUAAUGGCUGGAUACCUCCUUUGGAUAUUUUCCAGGGAGCACCUUGGGAGCUAGACCUAGGAUAUCCACCUGAACCUGCAAAACCAAAAGUGCAAGAAGAGCCUCCUGCUCCUAAUGGAAACCCUUAUCGGACACCUUCCUUCAGAAACAACCCACCUGCAGAGCCAAACAUGAGCCCUAAGAAUACCAGAAACUAUGAAGCUCCAGUCGCGGCCCAGCCAUUAAAAUAUGCCAAAAUUCGCUAUGACUUCACUGCUAGGAAUGCUAAUGAGCUCUCUGUAUUGAAAGACGAAGUUCUGGAGGUCCUGGAGGACAAUAAGCAGUGGUGGAAGUUGAAGAACAGAAUUGGACAGGAAGGAUAUGUCCCAUAUAAUAUCCUUGAUCAGGUGUCGGCUGAAGAGAUGGCUAACCAAGUAGAUGGAACAUACUCUUCGCCUUCCUCAAAAUACAAAGGAGAUCUAAGUCCUCGAGGGACGGGUCCUGUUAGCCCCUUAAACAAGUUUCCCAGCAGUUAUGCUGGAGAAAAAUGGGGCAGUGAAAUGGCAGGAUGGUCCACAGGUCAGAACACUAAGGAACAGUUAAUCCACAAUAUGGAUGUGGUUAAUGAUGAACUUUUGAAGAAAAUUACAACCAAUCAGCCACCCAAGAGGAACUACAGAGUUGAAAAAGCCCAGCAGGUGUACGUCCCACUUAACUUCCAGUCCGAACCAGAAGAAGUUAAAUCCUGGCUAGAAGCUAAAGGCUUUAGUAAAGGGACAGCGGCGCAACUGGGGAUCUUAAACGGGGCACAGCUUUUCUCGCUGAACAAAGAGGAACUGAAAAAAGUGUGCGGAGAGGAGGGAGCUCGGGUGUAUAGUCAGCUGGCUGUGCAAAAGUCUCAGUUAGAGAAAAGUCAGGGAGACACAGAACUCCAAGAAAUUAUGAGACGCCGCCAAGAAAGGAUAGAAUCUACCAAUUAGCGCAGUGUCUACCUACAUCUUUUCUGAUUAUUCUUUGUUUCAAAAGAGACCCACAAUGCUUUGCAUAAUUACAGCUCUGCAAGUUUCUGGCUGUGAUGGAAUUAUGAUUUUAUAUCUUUACAGCAAACAGCCAAGGAAAUGUGGACAUUAAAAUAAAUAUUAAGACUACAUAUUUGUAUAUUUAUAUACACUUAAUGCUGUAGCAGGCUUUAUUGUACUUUCUACCUGAAUAUAGACACAACAAUGUCAUACUGGACUUUUAUUGCCAUUAAAUUCAAUGCAAAAUUAGAAAUAAUAUCAGAUUUUUACCCAUUAUACUGCUGAUGUUGAUUAAGUAUAUCUGUACUCCAUCUUAAUCCGUAGAAUGGAGCCUUCAAGGAUUCACUGUAUGUGAGGAGUGAGCUCUGUUCAUAUUGUAAGUGGUGUGACAAUUCAAAGCUGUACUCACCACCAUGACACAAAGCAUUCUGGGAAUAUCAUCCCCAAUCGCUUGUUAUUUGAGAUAGAUAUAUAAUAAAUAAUAUAUGUAGAGAUAUGGAUCUGCACUCUCACUAACCAAAAAUGACAACAAACAAGUAAUUUUAUAGAAUUGGCUAAAAUUCCAGUGAGUGUGGUCUUUAUUAUAAUAAUAAAUAAAAUAUAUAUAAUAUAUAUAUAUAUAUAUAUAUAAUAUAUAGUUUAGUGAUGAUGGUUGGUUAAACAAUAAAGCCUGUUACAACUGCAUGUAUAUAUAAAUAUAUUGUUCACAUAUUUAUAUAACCGAAUGUCCUCCAUUUUGUUUUCUUUCAUUGUUUUUUCAUGCUACAAUUUAUUUUCUUAAAUAGGGGGGAGCUCUUUAAGUAUUGCAUGAAAGUAUUAUUUUUAUAUAUACAUAUAAAUAUAGAUUCAGAUAUUUUAUAAAGUGAUUUUGUACAGACACAGCUCCAGCCAGCAAAGUCUUGUGUCAGGUCUAAAAUGGUUGGUCAUUUUGGCAGUGAAGCAGUAAACUUUGAUAUGUUUCAUAGCUUUUUAUUGGAGUUAUGGUCAUUGAUGAAGAAAAUAAUAUGAUAGGCAUUUGAUAAAGAAAUUGACCUAAUUAUAUAGGUGACAAAAAUUAUCCAGUGGUAGGCAGAACAAAUGAAAAAUGUACCAUGGACUGUAACAUCAUGAUAUAAGGACACAUGGACAAAUGACACAACAUGUAAACAUGAUAAAAGAUAUGCAGACAAAUGACACAACAUGCAGUUGUGUCCUACCUGGUCAUGACAUGGCUACUGAUAGACAGGUCAGCCUACUGCAAUGCACAGCACAUCAGCACUGCAAAUCUGCACUAUGUAUUUGUAUUCAUUGAUAUCCAGAGUUAUUGAUUUUUAUUCCCUAUUACUUUAAUUCCUUUAGCGUCCUAAGUUAACAUAGAUAUUCAAAUCAUCAUUUAUUUAUCAUCAUGUAUUCACCAAAGAUUCCUUGUCUUCUACAACAAAACCUAAAUGAAUGUUGACUAUGCAGACACACAAUCUACUUUCAGGCUUGACCCACAAAAUAAGUUCUAUACAAAAACAUCACUAUAAAAUUAUAAAUACUAUAAAUAAGAUAAACUUCCAUCUUUUUUUUCCAUUUGAACUACAAUCUUUCCCCCUUAAUGAUAAACCUUAGUGUUAUAUUUUCGGAUAAGUAGCAACUUAGAUAAAUAUUGAUGUGUGUGUAUGUGUGUGUAAAAUAUUAAAAAGGAAAAUACAUGCGUAUAUAAUUUAUCAACUAAAUUAAAUAUAUUUGUAAAACUGUAACAAUGUGUCUACUCCUAGCUUAUAUAACCAUUUCUUAAUAUUAAUUAAUUAAACCUCUGUAUACAUUAAUUCUCAGUCUUGUAUAAUGAGUCCAAAAAUAAAUAUAAAAGAAGUCCUAA